GAUGAGUCGGGCUGGGCACCAUUGCAUUGUGGGGAGGGAGGCUGGGGCUCCGCAAGACGUGCUCCUGGCACCACCAGCUGCUCCUUGGCCCUCGCCAGUGGCCCACCAGGGCAAUGCCCCCCACAGCCAUCUCGUGCCCAUCACCACUGCCCUGGGGCAGCUGAGCUGAGUGGAUGUGCCGCGCCUCCCAGGAGACCCCUCUGCUGCUCCAUUUCAUGGCCCCCGUGAUGGUUCGCUGGCCUCCCUUCGGCCUCUGCCUCCUCCUGCUGCUGCUGUCCCCACCGCCACUGCCCUUGACAGGGGCCCAUCGCUUCUCUGCACCCAACACCACCCUCAACCACUUGGCAAUAGCAGCUGGGCGAGGCACGCUCUAUGUCGGCGCGGUGAACCGCCUCUUCCAGCUCAGCCCCGAGCUGCAGCUCGAAGCCACAGCUGUCACUGGUCCUGUCAUCGACAGCCCCGACUGUGUGCCCUUCCGUGACCCGGCUGAGUGCCCGCAGGCCCAGCUCACCGACAAUGCCAACCAGCUACUGCUGGUUAGCAGCCGCACCCAGGAGCUGGUGGCCUGCGGACAGGUGCGGCAGGGCGUGUGUGAGACACGGCGUCUUGGGGACGUGGCUGAGGUGCUGUACCAGGCCGAGGACCCUGGUGACGGGCAGUUUGUGGCUGCCAAUACCCCAGGAGUGGCGACGGUGGGGCUGGUGGUGCCCUCGCCCAGCCGGGACCUCCUGCUUGUGGCCAGAGGCCUGGCGGGCAAGCUGUCGGCUGGGGUACCACCCCUGGCCGUCCGCCAGCUGGCGGGACCUCAGCCCUUCUCCAGCGAGGGCCUGGGCCGCCUGGUGGUGGGCGACUUUUCCGACUACAAUAACAGCUACGUGGGGGCCUUUGCCGACAACCGCUCUGCCUACUUUGUCUUCCGCCGCCGCGGGGCCCGCGCCCAGGCUGAGUACCGCUCCUACGUGGCCCGCGUCUGCCUGGGGGAUGCCAACCUGUACUCCUACGUGGAGGUCCCCCUGGCCUGCCAGGGCCAGGGCCUCAUCCAGGCCGCCUUCCUUGCCCCAGGCACCUUGCUAGGGGCAUUUGCUGCGGGCCCACGGGGCACCCAGGCAGCACUCUGCGCCUUCCCCAUGGUGCAGCUGGGCGCCAUCAUGGAGCAGGCCCGGAGACUUUGCUACACGGCGGGCGGCCGAGGCCCCAGCGGUGCAGAGGAAGCCACCGUGGAGUAUGGCGUCACGUCGCGCUGUGUCACCCUACCCCUUGACUCUCCCGAGUCAUACCCCUGCGGUGACGAACACACCCCCAGCCCCAUUGCUGGCCGCCAGCCCCUGGAGGCCCAGCCUCUGCUGCAGCUCACGCAGCCAGUCAGCGCCGUGGCAGCCCUCCAGGCAGACGGGCACAUGAUCGCCUUCCUGGGGGACACCCAGGGCCAGCUGCACAAGGUGUUCCUCCACGGCUCCCAGGGCCAGGUUUACCACUCCCAGCAAGUGGGACCUCUGGGCUCAGCCAUCAGCCCAGACCUGCUGCUGGACACCAGUGGCAGUCACCUCUAUGUCCUGACUGCCCACCAGGUGGACCAGAUACCCGUGGCGGCCUGCCCCCAGUUCCCUGACUGUGCCAGUUGCCUCCAGGCCCAGGACCCGCUGUGCGGCUGGUGUGUCCUCCAGGGCAGGUGUACCCGGAAGGGCCAGUGCAGGCGGGCAGGCCAACCGAACCAGUGGCUGUGGAGCUAUGAGGACAGCCACUGCCCACACAUCCAGAGUCUGCUGCCAGGCCACCACCCCCGCCAGGAGCAGGGUCAGGUCACCUUGUCUGUCCCCCGGCUCCCCACCCUGGCUGCAGAUGAAUACUUCCAUUGUGCGUUCGGGGACUAUGACAGCUUGGCUUCUGUGGAAGGGCCCCAUGUGGCCUGUGUCACCCCUCCCCAAGAGCAGGUGCCACUUAACCCUCCAGGCACAGACCAUGUCACUCUGCCUCUGGCCCUGAUGUUCGAGGAUGUGGCUGUGGCUGCCACCAACUUCUCCUUUUAUGACUGCGGUGCUGUCCAGGCCUUGGAGGUGGCUGCCCCGUGUCGCGCUUGCGUGGGCAGCAUAUGGCGAUGUCAUUGGUGCCCCCAGAGUAGCCACUGCGUGUAUGGAGAGCACUGCCCAGAGGGCGAGAGGACCAUCUACAGUGCCCAGGAGGUGGAUGUCCAGGCGCGUGGCCCAGGGGCUUGCCCACAGGUUGAAGGCCUGGCAGGCCCCCACCUGGUGCCUGUGGGCUGGGAGAGCCAUUUGGCCCUACUCGUGCGGAACCUUCAGCAUUUCCGAGGCCUGCAUGCCUCCUUCCACUGCUGGCUGGAGCUGCCUGGAGAACUUCGGGGGCUGCCAGCUAUCCUGGAGGAGACAGCAGGGGACUCGGGCCUCAUCCACUGCCAGGCCCAUCAGUUCCACCCCUCCAUGUCCCAGCGGGAGCUCCCAGUGCCCAUCUACGUCACCCAGGGCAAGGCCCAGCGGCUGGACAAUGCCCGUGCUCUUUAUGUGACCCUGUAUGACUGUGCCAUGGGCCACCCGGACUGCAGCCACUGCCAAGCGGCCAACGGCAGCCUGGGCUGCCUGUGGUGUGCUGACGGCCAGCCUGCCUGUCGCUACGGGCCCCUGUGCCCACCAGGGGCCGUGGAGCUGCUGUGUCCAGCCCCCAGCAUUGAUGCAGUUGAGCCCCUGACCGGUCCCCCUGAGGGAGGCUUGGCCCUCACCAUCCUGGGCUCCAACCUAGGCCGGACUUUCACUGACGUGCAGCACGCCGUGAGUGUGGCCAGUCGGCCCUGCAGCCCUGAGCCCUCUCUCUACCGCACCUCGGCCCGGAUUGUGUGUGUGACAUCUCCUGCCCCCAACGGCACCACUGGGCCUGUCCGGGUGGCCAUUAAGAGCCAGCCACCGGGCAUCUCCAGCCAGCACUUCACCUACCAGGACCCUGUCCUGCUGAGCCUGAGUCCUCGCUGGGGCCCCCAGGCAGGGGGCACCCAGCUCACCAUCCAUGGUCAGCACCUCCAGACAGGCAGCAACACCAGCGCCUUUGUGGGUGGCCAACCCUGUCCCAUCCUGGAGCCAGUGUGUCCCGAGGCCAUCGUGUGCCGCACCAGGCCCCAGGCUGUCCCAGGAGAAGCAGCAGUCCUUGUGGUCUUUGGCCACGCGCAGCGCACACUGCUCGCCAGCCCCUUCCGCUACACUGCCAACCCCCAGCUCAUAGCAGCAGAGCCCAGCGCCAGCUUCCGGGGGGGUGGGCGGCUGAUCCGAGUCAGGGGCACUGGCCUAGAUGCGGCGCAGCGGCCCCUGCUGUCUGUGUGGCUGGAGGCUGACAGCGCGGUGCAGGCUUCCAGGACCCAGCCCCGGGACCCAGAGCCAAGGAGGAGCUGUGGAGCGCCUGCUGCAGACCCCCAGGCUUGUAUCCAGCUUGGCGGGUGGCUCCUGCAGUGCUCCACCGUCUGCUCUGUCAACUCGUCCAGCCUCCUCCUCUGCUGGAGCCCUGCCGUGCCAGACGGGGCCCACCCGAGGCGGGUCUUCUUCACCCUAGACAAUGUGCAAGUGGAUUUUGCCAGUGCCAGCGGGGGCCAGGGCUUCCUGUACCAGCCCAACCCCCGCCUGGCACCCCUCAGCCAUGAGGGGCCCGCCCGCCCCUACCGCCUCAAGCCGGGCCACAUCCUGGACGUGGAGGUGAGGGCCAUCUGCAAGCCUGCCCCACCAGGGUACUCAGGCUGCCUCUGUGAGGUCCGGCGGCUCAGGCUCCCAUGUGUGUCCCAGGGUGAGGGCCUCAACCUGGGCAUCAGCAAGGAGGAGGUACGUGUGUACAUCGGCCGCGGUGAGUGCCUGGUGAAGACACUCACGCGCACCCACCUGUACUGUGAGCCGCCCGUGCGUGCCCCACAGCCUGCCAAUGGCUCCGCCCUGCCACAGUUCGUGGUGCAGAUGGGCAACGUGCGGCUGGCCCUGGGCCCUGUACAGUACGAAGCCGAGCCCCCGCUGUCCGCCUUUCCCGUGGAGGCCCAGGCAGGCCUGGGCAUGGGCGCUGCUGUGCUGAUUGCUGCCGUGCUCCUCCUCACCCUCAUGUAUAGGCACAAGAGCAAGCAGGCCCUGCGGGACUACCAGAAGGUGCUGCUGCAGCUGGAGAGCCUGGAGACCGGCGUCGGGGACCAGUGCCGCAAGGAGUUCACAGACCUCAUGACAGAGAUGACCGACCUCAGCAGCGACCUGGAGGCCAGCGGGAUCCCCUUCCUGGACUACCACACCUACGCUGAGCGAGCCUUCUUCCCUGGCCACGGCAGCUACCCACUGCAGCCCCAGCCCGAGGGGCCGGGGGACGAUGGCCGCUGCGCCACUGUGCGCCAGGGCCUCACGCAGCUCUGUAACCUGCUCAACAGCAAGCUCUUCCUCCUCACGCUCAUCCGCACCCUGGAGGAGCAGCCCAGCUUUACCCAGAGGGACCGCUGCCAUGUGGCUUCGCUGCUGUCGCUGGCGCUGCAUGGCAAGCUGGAGUACCUGACUGACAUCAUGAGGACCCUGCUGGGUGACCUGGCGGCCCAUUACGUGCACAGGAACCCCAAGCUCAUGCUACGCAGGACAGAGACCAUGGUGGAGAAACUGCUCACCAACUGGCUGUCCAUCUGCCUGUACGCCUUCCUGAGGGAGGUGGCCGGUGAGCCACUGUACAUGCUCUUCCGGGCCAUCCAGUACCAGGUGGACAAGGGCCCUGUGGACGCUGUGACAGGCAAGGCCAAACGGACCCUGAAUGAUAGCCGCCUGCUGCGGGAGGAUGUGGAGUUCCAGCCCUUGACGCUGAUGGUGCUGGUGGGGCCCGGGGCUGGCGGGGCUGCAGGCAGCGGCGACGUGCAGCGUGUGCCCGCUCGGGUGCUCGACACCGACACCAUCACCCAGGUCAAGGAGAAGGUGUUGGACCAACUCUACAAGGGCACCCCCUUCUCCCAGAGGCCCUCAGUGCAUGCCCUAGACCUUGAGUGGCGCUCAGGCCUGGCUGGUCACCUGACCCUGUCGGAUGAAGACUUGACCUCUGUGACCCACAACCACUGGAAGAGACUCAACACCUUGCAGCACUACAAGGUCCCAGAUGGAGCAACAGUGGGGCUCGUCCCUCAGCUGCACAGUGGCAGUGCCGUCUCCCAGAGCCUGGCCCAGAGCUGCCCCUUGGGAGAAAACAUCCCCAUACUGGAGGAUGGCGAGGAGGGCGGGGUGCACCUCUGGCACCUGGUGAAAGCCACCGAGGAGCCAGAAGAGGCCAAGGUACGGCGUAGCAGCCUGCGGGAGCGGGAGCCGGCUCGGGCCAAGGCUAUUCCGGAAAUCUACCUCACCCGUCUGCUGUCCAUGAAGGGCACGCUGCAGAAGUUUGUGGACGACACCUUCCAGGCCAUCCUCAGUGUGAACCGGCCCAUCCCCAUCGCUGUGAAAUACCUGUUUGACCUCCUGGAUGAGCUAGCAGAGAAGCACGGCAUUGAGGAUCCAGGGACCCUUCACAUCUGGAAGACUAACAGUCUUCUGCUGCGGUUCUGGGUGAAUGCCCUGAAGAACCCACAACUCAUUUUCGAUGUGCGGGUAUCGGACAAUGUGGACGCCAUCCUUGCUGUCAUCGCCCAGACCUUCAUUGACUCCUGUACCACCUCGGAGCAUAAAGUAGGCCGGGAUUCCCCAGUGAACAAACUGCUCUACGCCCGGGAGAUCCCGCGCUACAAGCAGAUGGUGGAGAGAUACUAUGCGGACAUUCACCAGAGCUCUCCGGCGAGCUACCAGGAGAUGAACUCAGCUCUGGCUGAGCUCUCCGGGAACUACACUUCUGCUCCACACUGUCUGGAGGCUCUGCAAGAGCUCUACAGUCACAUCCACAGGUACUAUGACCAGAUUAUCAGCGCCCUGGAGGAGGACCCUGUGGGCCAGAAGUUGCAGCUGGCCUGCCGCCUGCAGCAGGUCGCUGCCCUAGUGGAGAACAAAGUGACUGACCUGUGAGCUCAGCUCAGACAGCAGCAAGCCGGAUCCGCCACCACCGCAAUGCCUUACAACCCCAGAACCGAGCCAGCCACCGAGGGGAGCCAGCAGAACCAGCGGGCACAGGGUACACAGCCAGGCACCGUGCCCAGCAGUGGGUUCCCUGCCUGCCACCUCCCCUGCCAGCCAGCCCACCUGCCUUCCCCUAUCUGGGCUUGUUUCUAAUUUAUAAGGAUCCUCCUCCUUCCCCCUCUCCCCACUGUAUUUAUUUGCCUGCUGGAAAAUUACAUCUGGAAAUAAAAUAGAAAUGUCUUUUUAUUUUA